UGUUCAUUAUAUACAUCUACAUGAUGUAUUGUUACACCGUGUAGGAGCAGUAUGGACCUACAGUAGCUAAUUUAGAUGUAAUAUAACUUAAUGAAACUGCCUUAAAUGUGCUGUAGUAAACAUUUUUUACUCGCACUAAUCAAUCAACACAUUCCUGUCUUUGUAUCUCUCAAUAUAAUAGUAUUAUUUAAUUAAAUCCAUUUACAAUAAUCUUUGUCUGAAAAUAAAAUAUGAUCCUCAACUGCGUUUCCCCUCCAGUCAGCAGACGGCGAUGUGCGUCUUUCAGGCGACGCUGCCAGCGUGACGUAUAAUCUAGUGGACGGUUCUUCAUAAACAGCUCGUCAACCACCUCGGUAGCUUGCUAGCCAACAUAGCCGAAAGAUUCAAGCUAUUUAUACGCUUUCGGUGUAUAUUACCUACUGUGUUUUAGACACACUUCUGUCGUAUCUACUUGUUAACUUAUUUAAUUUAAUAUUACGUUAUUUUGUAUUAGUCAGCUAUAGUAGCUAGCUGUUUUAGUUAGCACUAGCCUAGUCGCUAAUGAUAGCUAGCUAGCUAACAUCCCCGAACAUGAGCUCCCUAAACUACUCCCCUCUCGUUGAAGAAGAGGGGGUCUGCUGGACGGAGAAAGAAGCUCUGGGGCUGAACAUUGUCGUGAAAGAGGAGAAGGAAGAAGACGAUAUCACAGUAAAACAAGAAGUAGAGGGUGAGGCUGUUACCCUGAAAGAAGAAGAGAUAGACGUUUCAGUGAAAGAAGAGGAAGACGCGUUCGGAGUGAAAGAGGAGGAAGACGUUACAGUUAAAGAAGAGGAUGAAGAGAAAGAGGAGGAUGCAGUUUUUGGAGUGAAGAAGGAAAGGGAGAUUACUGUCACAUUGAAAGAUGAAGAGGAGGAGAUAGGAGAUCUGAUUAACACCAGAGAGAUACGGGACUAUCGUGGAUCCUCUGGGGAGCCUCAACAACCUCAUGAUGCUGACGAGGCAGAGAAGAGUCUCUCCAGAUCAGAACGCCUCAAUAAACACCAGCAGAGAUCCACAGGGAAGAGAACUCACUGCUGCUCUGACUGUGGGAAGAGAUUCACUUCAUCAGGCAUUACAAUUCAUCAAAGGAUCCACACAGGAGAGAAAUCUAAUAGCUGUGAUCAAUGUGGGAAGAGUUUUGGUCGAUCUUGCAAUCUGUUUCAACACCAGAGAAUGCACACAGGAGAGAAAUCUUAUAGCUGUGAUCAAUGUGGGAAAAGUUUUGGUCAAUCUUGCAAUCUGACUCGACACCAGAGAACACACACAGGAGAGAAAUCUUAUAGCUGUGAUCAAUGUGGGAAGAGUUUUACUACAUCUGGCUAUCUGACAGUGCACCAGAGAACACACACAGGAGAGAAACCUUAUAGCUGUGAUCAAUGUGGGAAGAGUUUUACUACAUCUGGCUAUCUGACAGUGCACCUGAGAACACACACAGGAGAGAAACCUUUUAGCUGUGAUCAAUGUGGGAUGAGUUUUACUACAUCAAGCUCUCUGACUAUACACCAGAGAAUACACACAGGAGAUAAGCCUUAUAGUUGUAAUCAUUGUGGGAAGAGUUUUACUACAUCUGGCACUCUGACUGAACACCAGAGAACACACACAGGAGAGAAACCUUUUAGCUGUGAUCAAUGUGGGAUGAGUUUUGUCCAAUCUGGAGAUCUGACAGUGCACCGGAGAACACACACAGGAGAGAAACCUUAUAGCCGUAAUCAAUGUGAGAAGAGUUUUACUACAACUUGUUCUCUGACUAUACACCAGAGAACACACACAGGAGAGAAAUCUUAUAGUUGUAAUCAUUGUGAGAAGAGUUUUCCUACAUCUAGCCAGCUGACUGUACACCAGAGAACACACACAGGAGAGAAACCUUUUAGCUGUGAUCAAUGUGGGAUGAGUUUUACUACAUCAAGUCAUCUGAUUCGACACCAGAGAACACACACAGGAGAGAAACCUCAUAGCUGUAAUCAAUGUGACAAGAGAUACUCUGAUAAAAGAUAUCUAAUCAAACAUCAGAAAAUACAUACAUGAAGGAGUUGUUUCAUGAUAUCAAUGAAAUAAUGUCACAAUGUAGAAUGUUUUAACAUUGUAGAAGGAGUAUUUUAAUGAUGUCACAAUGUGGAAUGUUUAAACAUUGUAGUAGGAGAAUUUUAAUGAUGUCACAAUGUAGAAUGUUUUAACAUUGUAGAAGGAGUAUUUUAAUGAUGUCACAAUGUAGAACCCUAAGCGUUUGUUAAAUUGAUUUUAGGGAAAAAGAGGAAAAAUCCAGGCUCUGAAUUGAAAGAGUAUUAUUUAUGAAAUUUAACAAGAAGUGACUAACAAAAAAGAGCUGUGUUACACUUACCAUGUUG